AUUAUGUUCACCACCUCACUCCUCAGCCACAAACAUUUUCCACCUCACCCACACAUUUUAACGACACCAGAAAAGAAAAAAAAAAUAAGAAAAGAAAUGAAACGGAAAAGAAACGAAACAGUCAUGUUCCUUUCUCUCUCAACAAACAACAAAACACAACAAAGAAAAUAGAACAACUCUUCCUUCCUCCUUGCAACCACACACUCAGUCACCUGCUUAACAACUUCACUCUGCUGCUCCUCCUCCUCUUCUUUUUCUUGUUUCUCCAAAUUCAGUUGACCUAAUUUCCACAAUCUCAUUCUUCAAAAAAUGGCCUCAGCAAGCAGAGCAACAAACAGAGUUCCCCACCACCAACACCAACACCAACAGCAACAACAACACCCCACAGCAUCUUCAUCAAAACGCACUGUCGUACACAACACGAACGACGCGUCAAUAAGCAAGGCCAUAGCGCAGUACACAGAAGACGCCCGCCUCCACGCCGUUUUCGAGCAGUCCGGCGAGUCCGGCAAGUCUUUCGACUACUCCCACUCCGUCCGCCACACCUCCGAGUCCGUACCGGAGCACCAGAUCACAGCUUACCUACUGAAGAUCCAGCGUGGCGGCCUCAUCCAGCCUUUCGGCUGUAUGAUUGCCGUCGACGAGCCGUCCUUCCGCAUCCUCGGAUACUCCGAGAACGCUCGGGACAUGCUCGGCAUAUCACCGCAGUCAGUCCCAACUCUCGAGCGUCUCCCCGGAUCCCACGAGGAGGCGCUCACAAUUGGUACUGACGUGCGCAGUCUUUUCACCCCCUCCAGCAGCACCUUGCUAGAGAGGGCGUUUGGGGCGCGCGAGAUCACGCUCCUCAACCCAAUUUGGAUCCAUUCCCGGAAUUCCGGCAAGCCUUUUUAUGGAAUCUUGCACCGAAUCGAUGUUGGAAUCGUCAUCGAUUUGGAGCCUGCUAGGACUGAGGACCCUGCACUGUCAAUUGCAGGGGCUGUUCAGUCCCAGAAGCUAGCUGUUCGAGCUAUUUCGCAGCUUCAGUCGCUUCCCGGAGGCGAUGUGAAGCUUCUUUGUGACACUGUUGUGGAGAGUGUGAGAGAAUUGACCGGUUAUGAUAGGGUGAUGGUGUACAAAUUUCAUGAGGAUGAGCAUGGUGAGGUUGUUGCUGAGAGUAAGAGGCCUGAUUUGGAGCCUUAUAUUGGUUUGCAUUACCCUGCUACUGAUAUACCUCAGGCUUCGAGGUUCUUGUUCAAGCAGAAUAGAGUUAGGAUGAUUGUAGAUUGCAAUGCUUCGCCAUUGAGGGUGGUGCAGGAUGAGGCCCUUGUGCAGCCCUUGUGUUUGGUUGGCUCCACCCUGCGUGCACCACACGGUUGCCACGCUCAGUAUAUGGCGAAUAUGGGGUCGAUUGCUUCGCUGGUUAUGGCGGUUAUCAUCAAUGCUAAUGAUGAGGAAGCUGUUGGCGGCCGCAGCUCAAUGAGGCUGUGGGGAUUGGUUGUUUGCCACCACACUUCGGCCAGGUGUAUACCUUUUCCCUUGAGGUAUGCUUGUGAAUUCUUGAUGCAGGCCUUUGGGCUGCAGCUGAAUAUGGAGCUUCAAUUGGCUUCUCAGUCAUUAGAGAAGCGAGUUUUGAGGACGCAAACUCUGUUGUGUGACAUGCUUCUUAGGGACUCGCCCACUGGCAUUGUUACUCAGAGUCCUAGUAUUAUGGAUUUGGUGCGGUGUGAUGGAGCAGCUUUGUACUACAAAGGAAACUACUAUCCAUUGGGUGUAACACCUACUGAAUCUCAAAUAAGGGAUAUUAUAGAGUGGUUGUUGGCAUACCAUGGAGAUUCGACGGGUUUGAGUACUGAUAGUCUGGGUGAUGCUGGGUAUCCUGGUGCUGCCUCGCUUGGGGAUGCUGUUUGUGGGAUGGCUGUUGCAUAUAUCACUGAAGGGGAUUUUCUUUUCUGGUUUAGGUCUCACACAGCAAAAGAGAUCAAAUGGGGUGGUGCAAAGCAUCAUCCUGAGGAUAAGGAUGAUGGGCAGAGAAUGCAUCCUCGUUCUUCAUUUAAGGCAUUUUUGGAAGUGGUGAAAAGCCGGAGUUUGCCAUGGGAUAAUGCAGAAAUGGAUGCGAUUCACUCUUUGCAGCUUAUUCUGCGAGACUCAUUUAGAGAUGCCGAGCAUAGCAACUCAAAGGCUGUUAUGCAUUCGCAUCUGGCGGAUUUUGAGUUGCAAGGGGUAGAUGAGCUAAGUUCUGUGGCGAGAGAAAUGGUCAGAUUGAUAGAAACUGCCACUGCUCCCAUAUUCGCUGUUGACGUUGAUGGCCGCAUAAAUGGGUGGAAUGCAAAGGUUGCAGAAUUGACAGGGCUUCCAGUCGACGAGGCUAUGGGGAAGUCACUGGUUCAUGAUCUUGUGUACAAGGAGUUCGAAGAAACUGUAGACAAGCUUCUCUCUCGCGCUCUAAGAGGUGAAGAAGAUAAGAAUGUUGAGAUAAAAUUGAAGACAUUUGGCCCAGAAAAUCAAAAUGGUGCAGUUUUUGUAGUGGUGAAUGCUUGCUCCAGCAAGGAUUAUACAAAUAAUAUAGUUGGAGUAUGCUUUGUUGGUCAGGACGUUACUGGUCAGAAGGUUGUAAUGGACAAAUUCAUCAACAUACAAGGUGACUACAAGGCUAUUGUACAUAGCCCAAAUCCAUUGAUCCCCCCAAUUUUUGCAUCGGAUGAUAACACUUGUUGCUUAGAGUGGAAUGCAGCCAUGGAAAAGCUUACUGGUUGGGGGCGUGCAGAUGUAAUUGGAAAGAUGUUGGUUGGAGAGGUUUUCGGUAGUUGCUGUCAGUUAAAGGGCUCGGAUGCUUUAACAAAGUUCAUGAUUGUGUUGCACAAUUCCCUUGGUGGACAAGAUACCGACAAGUUCCCUUUUUCAUUUCUUGACCGGCAUGGAAAAUAUGUGCAAGCUUUCUUGACAGCAAAUAAGAGGGUUAACAUGGAUGGUCAGAUUAUUGGAGCUUUUUGCUUUUUGCAAAUUGCGAGUCCUGAUCUUCAACAGGCUCUGAAAAUACAGAAGCAACAAGAGAAGAAUUGCUAUGCUAGGAUGAAAGAGUUAGCCUAUAUUUGUCAAGAAAUAAAGAAUCCACUGAGUGGCAUACGCUUUACAAACUCUCUUUUGGAGGCUACUGGAUUGACCGAUGAACAAAAGCAGUUUCUUGAGACUAGUACUGCAUGUGAGAAGCAAAUGUCAAAAAUAAUACAGGAUGUUGACUUGGCAAGCAUUGAAGAUGGAUCAAUGGAGCUUGAAAAGGGAGAAUUCUUGCUUGGAAACGUCAUCAAUGCUGUUGUUAGCCAAGUAAUGUUAUUACUAAGAGAGAGAAAUUUACAGUUGAUUCGUGAUAUACCUGAAGAAAUCAAGACGUUGGCUGUUUAUGGUGAUCAGUUGAGGAUUCAACAAGUCUUGGCUGAUUUCUUAUUGAAUAUGGUGCGCUAUGCGCCUUCUCCAGAUGGGUGGGUAGAGAUUCAUGUACAUCCAAGAAUAAAACAAAUCUCCGACGGGCUUACUCUUCUCCGUGCUGAAUUUAGGAUGGUAUGUCCUGGUGAAGGUGUUCCUCCUGAAUUGGUUCAAGACAUGUUCCAUAGCAGUCGUUGGGUGACUCAAGAAGGCUUAGGUCUGAGCAUGAGCCGGAAGAUUCUAAAGUUAAUGAAUGGUGAAGUCCAAUAUAUCAGGGAGGCAGAAAGAUGCUAUUUCUUCGUUCUUCUUGAACUACCUGUAACACGGAGAACUUACUCUAAAAUCGUUAACUAGUUAUUUUGCAAGUGUAAAAUUAGAGCCAAGGCACCACCCUAUCAUGUUGACUGUUAGAUAGUUACCCGUUGUUGUAUUCUCAAAUUGUGCUCACCUAACAAGGCAUGUUUGAGGGACCCAGGUUUUCAACAAGCUAAUUUGGCCAGUUAUCCCGGUUUGUAUGUAAUUCUACCAAGUUGGAUUGUUGUUUUCACCCUGACAAAACUUGUUUGGUAUGGCAACAGAGUGUAGUUAAAUGUAACAUUAAAUCUUACUGAUAAAGUAAUGGCAGAUUAGAUGAAAUGCUGUGUUUGCCAUUUUCUGCAUAUCUUCAUUGCCAAGUGAGUGUCCGGUGGAAAUUUUUCGAGCAAAUUAGCAGCUUCAGUGGACUCUGCUCCAUGGUUUGGAUUGAACUGCAUCCAUCUCCUGCCAGUUUGGCUUUUUUCUGGAACUAACUGUUUAUACUAUAUUGUGUUUCCUAGUUUGCUAAUAAGUGUAAGAUAUUUGUCUACAUCAAGGUUUUGUUUAUUCUGAGCAUUGUUGCUUUUUCUAUUCGUCGCCUAUUUUUUUUCACCAUUCCCUGUAUAUGCCUUCCUUCUCUGUAAUAAAAAGCUUGGAUUUCCUGUAUCUUUUGGCACUCCAGGAGCACUGGCCUUUUCUUUAAUAUAAGAUGAACAUGCACUUUUUCCA